AUGGAGAAGGUCAUCGAUGUGAAACGAGCGGCUGAUGGUAAGAAGCCGUACUCUUCUGCUGGCAAUGCUGGGCCGGCACCUCGACGCAUCGACAUGUUAUCACAUCCAACAAGGGCAGCAGGCAGUGGAUAUAAUAAUAUCCCUUCCUUAGAGCAUAGGGUGGAUCCUAGUCGUCUGGUUGAUGAUCCCAGGAAGGUCUUUAUUGGUGGUAUCCCAGUCAGUGGGGAUAAAGAUAAGCUCAUAGCCCUACUAUCCCGCUAUGGCAGUGUUAUAGAUUGUGAUAUCAUGUAUGAUAAGGAGACUGGUAGGAAUAAAGGAUACGGCCGCGCUACUUAUUCGACACCUGCUGAGGCUAAUGCUGCCAUAAGAAGUGGAGAUGCCAAUAUGAUUGACGCUAAAUGUGUUGAGAUAAAACCCUUGCUACGACCACCAACCAAUAUUCCUACUACGCCCAACACUAAUCGGUUCAAUAAUCACGAUAAUGCUACAGGUUAUACGAUGGAUGGCCCAUGCAAAGUCUUCCUUGGUGGUAUACCUCCAUCGGUUGAUGAAGAUAAGCUAGCCCAUCAUUUAUCCCGAUAUGGUAGGGUAGCAGAGGUUAGAAUAUACCGUGACAUGGAGACGGGCCGUCAUAAAGGAUUUGGCUUUGCUAUUAUGGGUGAUCCAUCACAGGCAAAGGCUGCAUGCCAUGGUGGCAAUAAUAACUAUAUCGAUUCCAAAUGGGGCACAUCCCCCGCUGGUCCAGGAGCUUACAACUAUCAAGGAUCUAUGGCAAUGACUGCUGCUUCUGCUGCUGCUGCUGCCCAACAACAACAACAGCUACAGCAACAGGCUUACAACUUUAUGGCAGCUUAUCAGGAAGCUGCUGCUUAUAAUGCUGCUGGUCGAGGUCAAAGGACGGCUCCUUAUUAA